AUGGGCAUAAUAGGUGCAAUUAUAGAUAACAGUUCAAGAAUUGGCAAAGAAGAGAGGGUGGCAAUUGAAAUGGCAGUUGAGGAUUUUUAUGCCAAUAGAAAUCAGAGAUUGGCUCUGCACAUAAGAAACUCUCAGAGGGAGGACCCCUUGCAGGCAGCACUUGCAGCUAGAGAUCUUAUAGAUGGGCAGCAAGUGCAAGCCAUUCUAGGACCACAUACAUGGGAAGAGACAUCAUUAGUAGUUAAGGUUGGCAGUGAGACUAAUACCCCAAUUGUCUCUUUUGCUGAGGCUACUCCAAAGUGGGCAACUGAGCUGUGGCCUUUUCUAGUUCAAGCUUCUCGCGACCGGUUGAAACAAAUGGAAGCAAUAGCUGAUAUAGUUCAGUCUUGGGAAUGGCAUCGAGUCACUGUAAUUUACCAAGACAGAGAUUCUUUGGCCAAUGAAGUUUUACCUCAUCUCUCUUAUGCCUUGAGACAAGUUGGUGCAGAAAUUAGCCAUCUUGUAGCUCUCCAACCUUUUGCUUCUUCUUCAUUAAUCGAAGAGCUUGAGAAGCUUCAAAAAGACCAAUGUAGAGUCUUUGUUGUGCAUUUGUCUGUGCCAUUGGCGGCACAACUUUUUGAAAAGGCAAAAGAAAUGAAGAUGAUGGAAAAGGAUUAUGUAUGGAUCACCACUGAUCCUAUAACAAGCCUUGUCAACUCCUUUAAUGCCUCCAGCAUCUCCUCAAUGCAAGGGAUCAUCGGAGUCAAGAGCUACUUCCCUGAAAGUGGAAACCAAUUUCAGGAUUUUUAUCAUAGGUUUUGUAGAAGGUUUAGAUCAGAACAUCCUGAAGAGGGUAACAAUGAGCCUGGCAUCUUUGCUGCUCAGGCUUACGAUGCUGCAAGGGCAGUGGCUCUAGCUUCGACAGAAGGCAGCAAAGGGAGGAAACUGUUAGCAAAACUUUUGAGAAGUGAUUUGCAUGGCUUAAGUGGAAGAAUCAAGUUCACUGACCAAAACUUAGCUCCACAACAUGUAUUUCAAAUCAUCAAUGUGGUGGGAAGGAGUUACAGAGAACUAGGAUACUGGUCAGAUGGAAUAAGAUUCUCGAAGACUAUUGGUGAAAGUGCUAGUAACUACUCUUCUAUGAAAGAUUUGGGGCCAGUGGUUUGGCCAGGAGAGCCUUGGUAUACUCCAAAAGGGUGGAAUGUACCAAUACAAGCAACCGCACUGAGAAUUGGCGUGCCAAACGGAUCAACAUUCAAAGAGUAUGUAAAUGUGGAAAAAGAUCCGUUGGGAAAUAACUUAUCUUUCACUGGACUUGCAAUAGAUCUCUUCAAAGCGACCCUAGAGGAGCUGCCUUACUAUUUGCCGUAUGAGUUAUGUCCUUUCAAUGGCACAUAUGAUUCUUUAGUGGAGCAAAUCCAUUUACAUAAAUUUGAUGCUGUAGUUGGUGAUGUAGCAAUCGUGUCCCGGCGGUAUGAGCAUGCAGAAUUCACACACCCCUAUACCGAAGCAGGAUUGGUAAUGAUAGUUCCAGUCAUGUCCAAAACAUGCAAUAAAGCAUGGUUAUUCAUGAGGCCUUUCACAAAACCUAUGUGGGCACUUAUAGUAGCCAUCAAUAUCUACAAUGGCUUUGUUGUAUGGUUGAUAGAACGAAACCACUGCCCCAAACUCAAAGGUUCUGUGCUAAAUCAAAUAGGAAGCUUGAUUUGGCUAUCCUUCACCACUCUCUUCUCUUUACAUGGGGGUAAGCUGCAUAGCAAUUUGUCACGGAUGACAAUGGUUGUCUGGCUAUUUAUGGCACUAAUCAUCACACAGACAUAUACGGCUAACCUCGCGAGCAUGCUCACUGUCCAGCAGCUUGAACCCACCAUAACAGAUGUUGACGCUUUGCGGCAAAGCAAUGCCAUGGUUGGUUAUUGUAAGGGUUCCUUUGUUUCAGCCUAUCUAAGGGAAGUCUUGGACAUCCACAACAUUAAGCAGUUUGACUCCAUAGAAGAAUAUGCUGAAGCCCUCAAAAGUGAAGUAAUUGCUGCUGCUUUUCUUGAAGCCCCUCUGGCCAAAAUUUUCCUUCGAAAGUACUGCAACGUCUUCAUGGAAGCUGGAUCAACAUUCAAAGUUGGAGGAUUUGGAUUCGUAUUUCCAAGAGGCUCUCCAUUGGUUCCCGAGGUAACUGAAGCAAUGCUAAAGGUAACCGAAAGUGGUAAGCUUCGAGAUUUAGAGAACAGCAUGCUGGCCUCUCUGAAGUGCUUGGACUUGGAUGCACAAAAAGACAGUGGUGAUCCCAGUCUAAGCCCCAACAGCUUUUGGGUACUAUUCGUGUUCACGGGAGGGACAUCAACAACUGCUCUUGUGAUUUACACUUUUUUCAUUCAUAAAUCAGUGGCUGAACGCAAAACCAACUGGACGAUAAUGUUAGCCGCAAUGAAAAAAUGGGGCAAUCCAAACAGGAGGUUCUCCAGAAGAGACAGUAAUAUCAAUGCAGAAAGUCCUGCAAUUCCUCCGAAUGCCAGUGCCUUGCAGGCUCAAGUCUAA